UCCUAGCGCAGGGAGCUAUACUCAAUAUUUUGUAAUCUAUAUGGGAGAAGAAUCUGAAAAAGAAUGUACACGUGUAUUCUUUUAUAUAUAACUGAGUCACUUCGCUGUACACCUGAAACUAACACGACGUUGUAAAUCAACUCUACUUCAAAAACAUAAAAAUAAAAAUUGUACCCGAAAUCUAGGGUACAAUUCUGGAAAAAAGAAAAAUAACUGUCUCUCCUUGUGGGGCGUUAAUGGAUCCACCUCUCAUGGCCAAUGUUAUCCCAAACCUUGUGUGCGAGGGAGAAAAAUGCAUUGAUGGUUUAUUCAUUAUUUUUACCCUUUUUGUAUUAUUUGGAGGCACCCCAUUCACUUCUUUAGAUGGAGAGAGAAAAAGAGAAAAUAAACCGUCUUAAGACUCUUGACACCAGCAGGUAGGGAACACCACUGACACCUUCAGGAAAAAGAAAAAGGACUGCGUAUAUUUCCUUGUUUGGAAAAUGCAAACAAUGCAGAAGGAAGGGUGUAGAAUGAAAACGCAGAAGGCCCUGUCUGUCCCCCAUCCCCCGAAUUUCUGCUCCCAGGUGACCAGUGUGACCAGCGAGAGAGGAUUAUAGGAUUUUGAAAACUCACGCGUGGCUUCCCGUGGUUGCAUGUGCCCCUCGAUAUCCCUUGGGCGUCCCCUUUGGAGACCUCAGAGUCCCUCACGGGGGGUGUGCAUUUCCCAGGACAGGUUCUUGCUGUUCCGGGCAGGUUCCGUGAAGAGCUUCUGUGGACGGACAGGGCGGGGGCAGCUGCUGCAGACGCCUGGACCUACCAGGCUCCCACAACUUUGCUCCUGCCCGGCUGGCCAGCCCACGAAUGACGCCCUUGGCCCCUGCCCCUGGGGGGACAGCCCCCACCGGGCCCUGGCGCCCACCCUCCCUGGGGACCGAUCCAUCCACUCCCGUGGGGCAGGAUUAGGGCUGAAACAGCAGGAGCAGUCUCUUCGUGGGUGCAAGGUGGAGCGUCAUUUAAAAACUGUUUUUAUUGUGGUAAAAUAGACGUACUAUAAAAUCUACCAUUUUUAAGGGCACAGUUCAUUGGCAUCAAGUCCAUUUAUUGCUGGGCAACCAUCCCCACCGUCAUGUCCAGAACUCUCCCAUCUUCCCAAACUUUGUCCCCAUUAAACACUGACUCCCCCUCCCCCAGCCCCUGGACCCACCAUCUCCUUUCGGUGAAUUUGACUCUUCUAGGGAACCCUGGUACGUGUCCUUCUGUGUCUGGCUUCUCUCACUCAGCAUCAUGUCCUCAAGGUUCAUCCACAUCGUACCUGAAUCAGAAUUCCCGUCUUUUCUAAGACUGAGUCAUGUUCCAUUGUUUUUACACGGUAUUUUGUGUAUCCAUCCAUCCAUCAGUGGACGCCUGGGUGGCCUCCACCUUUUGGCCAUUUUGAAGAAUGCUUCACGUGAACACACGGGUGUCCACGCUAUCUGGCCCCCUACUUUUGGUUCUUUGGGGUCUACAGCCAGCAGUGGAAUUGCUGGAUCCUGUGGUCAUGCUACGCUGAAUUUUGUGAGGAACUGCCCUGUUUCCCUGAGCACUUGCAGAUGCACGCUCCCUCCCCAUGGCGUGUGCGUCUGAGUGUGGUUCUUAAGAGAAUUAAAGCUGAGUCUGGUUUCUGCCGUUGCCCCGAGGUUCUCUUCGCUGCCUGUGAGCUGGGAGUCUUUGACCUUCUGGCCGAGGUCCCGGAGGCCCUGGGCUCGGCUGCAGUGGCUGCACGUCUGGGCGUCAGCUCCCGGGGGACAGAGCUACUGCUGGAUGCCUGUGUGUCCCUGAAGCUGCUUCAAGUGGAAGUGAGGAGAGAAAAAGCUGUGUAUGAAAACACAGAGCUCGCCAGCACCUACCUGGCCAGAGCCAGCCCCAAGUCCCAGCAGGACAUGCUGCUGUACACGGCCAGGACCACCUACCUGGGCUGGGGCCACCUGGCCGCGCGGCUGUCAGGUGGUUCCGGGGCUCUGGCCAAGGCGUGCAUGUCUCUGUACCCGGGGUCUCAGGUCACCGUGUUUGACAUCCCGGACGUGGUCCAGAUGGCAAAGAGGCACUUCUUAUUCCCGGAGGAUGAACGGAUCGGCUUCUGUGAAGCUUCCACGGGGGACGACGAUGUACGCUGAACGGAUGAACAUUUCCCAAAGAACGUGUUUGCCGCUGCCUGGGUCAUUGCAAUGCCUCCUGCAUCCUCCACGUGGGGCCCCAAGUCUGCACAAAGUGGAACCCCUUUAUGUACAAGGGCCGAAUGCAUCCAUCCAUGUAAGUUAACGGCUCCUUACAGCAGAAACUAACACAGCAUUGUAAAGUAACCAUACUCCAGUAAAAAGUCAUUUUAAAAAUUUAAAAAAGGGACUUCCCUGGCGGUCCAGCAGUUUAGACCCUGGGCUCCCAAUGCAGGGGGCUCGGGUUCGAUCUCUGGUCAGGGAACUGGAUCCCACACGCCGCAGUGACGAUCCAGCCUGCCGCAAGCUAAGACCCAGCGCGGCCACAUAAAUAAAUACUUUUAAAAAAUUAAAACAAAAGUUUGCAUUUUUGGCUUUCAUCACUCCUGCAGAACGACCGUGUCUAUGGGAAGAGCAUCGAAGGGAAAUAUGGUAUUGAAGGGAGACGGCAAUAAGCACAUCCCAAACCCUCCUCUUUUACAGAAUUUUCACGCCUAGCAUCUCAUGGGACCCCUGGGGCUGAGUGUGCAAAAAUGGACUUGCCGGGCUUGUGCAAAUGCAUGCAGGGAGAUGUUUGCUAAGGAGCGGAGUCUGUCCUGUUUGGAACAAUGCACCAGGGUGGGACUGUCACCCCCAACCCCUGCCCUGUGGAGAUGCUGGUGAUGAAACUGUGCUGGAGAAGGCUUACGGGGUCCUCCAGGUCGACUGUGGUUUAUCUCUGGGCUGCCCUGUGCCCAUGUGACUGACACCUGCCUGGCUCUCUAACUGCCUGAUUUCGGGGAGGGGGCCAGCUCUUUCCUUUGGUCUUCGAGACCUGGGGGGGGGGGGUGCAUCCCCCUCCCUUGGGGAUUCCCCUUGGCCAAGCCCACGCUGUAGGAGUGUCUCAUCUAUGAUCUCCAAGGCGCUGACCCGUACAGGAAGGAAGCAAGGAGCUUCUUCAGUGCCAGGCUGUACAAACGGGUAUUAUUCGGACGUUAUCAGAGUUUCAAAGGGCCACCCUCGGCUAGACAAUACCUUGGCACCGUUUAUUUUAAAUUUUCUAAUGUGAUUCUUUAACAAAUGUAAAUCCGUAUAGCAGGGUUUUUUUAAAAAAAUAUUUAUUUAUUUAUGUAUUUGGCUGGGCCGGGUCUUAGUUGGGGCACACGGGAUCUUUAGUUGCGGCACGCAGGAUCUAGUUCCCCAACCAGGGAUCGAACCCCGGGCUGCCUGCACUGGGAGUGUAGAGUCGUAACCGCUGGACCUCCAGGGAAGUCCCUGUGCCAUAUUUUACAUUCCACAGAUAAGCGACAUCAUAGGAUAUUUUUCUUUGUCUGACUGACUUUACCUCAUAUGACAGUCUCCAGCUCCAUCCACGUUGCUGCAAACGGCAUGAUUUUAUUCUUCUUUAUGGCUGAGUCAUAUUCCAUUGUGUAUAUGGACCACAUCUUCUUUAUCUCUUCCUCUGUCGAUGGGCAUUUAGGUCGCUUCCAUGUCCUGGCUAUUGUAAAUAGUGCAGCUAUGAACAUUAUUUUACUUUUUAGAAUAAUAAGUGAUCUUCAUGAUGCUUAUAGAUGGACAUGGCUACAAAAUGGUUAGCUUUGGAAAAGUAGAAAUUGCGUUAAAAAUUUGUCCUUAAUAGUAAAGCCAUCCUCCAGAUACCUGACCCGCCACCCAAGUCAUUAAGCUACCAGCAAAUCAAAGCCUAAUUAGUAUAGGAGACUUCAGUUGGGAAAAUAGAUUCUAAAAUUAAUCAUAAACAGGUUCACAUCUCUCAGGAUGGCUACUAUCAAAAGAGACUCCGGAAAAUAACAAGUGUUGGCGAGGAUGGAGAGAAACGUGAACACUUGUGCGGUGUUGGUGGGAAUGUAAAAUGGUGUGGCUGCCGCAGAGAACAGAAUGGAGGUUUCUCAAAUAGUUAACCACAGAACUACCAUAGGAUGCAGGCUUUGAGUAUUUAGCCAAAAGAAUUGAGAGCAGAAACUCGGAGAGGCCUUUGCACACCCACGUUCACUGCAGCGUUAUUCACAACGGCCAAAAUAUGGACUGUAAACGUCCAUAAACGUAAAUGUUCAUGCAUGGGUGAUGGACACACAGAAUGGGGUCCUUGCACACAGUGGAAUAUUACUCAGUCCUAAAAAAGGGGGGAAAUUCUGACGCAGGCCACGACAUGGAUGGACCUUGAGGACAUGAGGCUCAGUGACACAAGGCAGUCACAGAAGGACAAAUCCUGCAGGCUUCCACUUAUAUGAGGUCCCUAGGGGAGUCAAAUCCAUAGAGACAGAGAGAAGGAGGGUGGGUGCCUGGGGCUGGGGAGUGGGUGUUUAAUGGGGACAGUUUCAGUCUGGGCAGAUGAAAGAGUUCUGGAGGUGACGCUGGAGAUGGCUGUACAACGUGAAUAUGCUCAAGACCACUGAGCUGUACACUUAAAAAUGGUCAAUUUGAUGUUGCAUCUUUUUUCCAUCAUUAAAACAAAUCCCCUAUAAAGAACUGUAGGCACAUUCCCCUCAGCGCAGACGCGAUGACCCAGGCCGCAGAAGGAAUCUGCUGGCUUUGGAG